AUGGAUUUGAGGGUACGAAAGUUUGAUGAGCCCUGAAUUAUUCCGUCCAUUUUUCCCUUUUUUCUUCUCACGUAUUGAGGUCGCACACACAAAAUAUAUAUCCAUGCUGUUUGGAGUUUAUUCUGUGAAUCAAGUCAGCUGGCCCGCCCUCAGUUUCCUGCUUUCCAUUGUUGAAUGCCAUUCUUGAAAUUCCACGAGACAAGGUUCUGAUGUCAUUCACGUUGGUUUUCUGUUUUCCAUCUGCUCUUCGUAUUUCGUAUCCGAAUUUACUUUUUAAAAUAGCUUUUCUUAAAUCAUAUAUUUUCAGGUUUUUUGUCAGUCGGCUCGUCCGCCCGAACAAGCAAGUAGACAGAAGCACUGCUAUGAGAAUUGGCUUACACCACAUCUUCUCAACACGUUCCAGGUUCGUUUCUUCGUCCGUAUGAAAAUAAAGAAAAAGAAUGAAAACUGUUGGGACAAACAGAAUAAUAAAACGUUUCGGCCGUAUUUCUUCAUGUCGCGGCGGCCAUCCUGCCGCCACGUCAGUCAACAGUUUUGGUUUGAACACAUCUCUUACGACACCAUUCUCUCUGGUCUCUUUUCUUUUCGAUCUGCUCAGUCUGAAUUGUGAUCCUUUUGCUAUCACUCUAAGGUUUCACUAGUGCGCGUGUUUUUUCUCGUGCUUGGUUUUGAAUACAUUCUUUGUAAAACUCUUGUGUUCAUCGAAAUCAAAUUCACUCUUAACGUAAUUUUCGAAGAUUAGGCAGUCUUCGUACUGUGUUUCGAUUGUUGUAAAACAAUUAUCUGCAGGUCACGACUGAUCAAGGUUGGAAACCAUUCCUACUGUGUUUUCGUUUUUUCGCAGUUAGCGCGUACAAGUUCAUCACUUCGGGUCAGCCAUUCGGAAAUAGGUCUUCUUUCUCUUAUUCUCUCUUUUUUGUUGUGAUCAGUUCACAUUUACCUUCCAAAUAUCAGGAUUAAAAGCACUUCCUGACAGAAAAAAACGAGAGUUCUUUGACUUGUGUACAUGCGAAAUCGAUGAAUAAGCGGAUUACGCUUGAGGUUUCGCCGGAUAAUAGAAUGCAGCUGAAAUUUGGUUGAUAUCCGGGCGGAAACCUCCCCCUCGUCAUCUCAUUGCUAUCUCUGCUCCCUUAUUCUUUAUUCUUUUCAGCCGAUCGAAAGUGUUGCGAGCACCAAUCGGCGAGUAUUGUCGAGGUCAACACUGACUAUCUGUGGCGUAUUCACCACUUCCAUUCAGCAAUUCGUUUCUAAUUAAGCGAAUAUCACUCUUCGACGCCAUCAACUUCAAACCUCCUUAAUUAUCCAACGUAAGUGUGCACAUAUGCGCUCGAAACUCACUCAUAAGUGGGCGGAGCUGCGCAUUUCUUUCUCCACAACUAAAACUAAAUCCUAUUCGUUUCCUUCUCAGAGCAACCAUGAGCAGCACCGGUCAAAAGAAAGUCUCCAACAACGCUGUGGCCGCGACCACCUACUUCAAACCCGCUCCAUCCGAGAUCGCAUGGGGAAAGAUGCGCUUCCUGAUCACCGACCGUCCGAGCAACGCGUCCAUUCAAUCCUACAUCGAGGAAUUGGAGAAGCACGGAGCUCGGGCUGUGGUUCGUGUCUGCGAGUCGACGUACGACACCAAAGCUCUCAAAGAAGCUGGCAUCGAUGUCAUCGACUUGCAAUUCAGCGACGGCAGCGCGCCAACGCCAGAAGUAUUAUCUUUGUUAUUCGAUUGAAGUCUCUAAUCCUAAUGUUUGCCUUGCAGGUCAUCGAAAGCUGGUUCGAGCUGUGCAAAACGUCAUUCAAAGAACAUCCGGACAAGAGCAUCGCGGUGCACUGCGUGGCCGGACUCGGCAGAGCCCCCGUGCUCGUCGGCAUUGCUCUGAUCGAAGCGGGCAUGAAGUACGAGGAUGCGGUCGAGAUGAUCAGACAGUAAGAGGAACGCUGAAAGCAGAAAUAUGUUAUUUUUUGCAGCGAACGUCGUGGAGCUCUCAAUCACAAACAGCUCAAGUUCCUCGAGACAUACAAAACAAACGGAGACCUUCGUCGUUUUCGAGGAAGCCUAGACGGCAGACAGAGGUCAUGCUGCAUCCAAUAA